AUGCCGGUGAAUUUUAAAAUAGACGACUACGCCGGGCUCCUAGCUGCGCUGGAGAAGCUAAACUCUUCGGAAGAGUUCAAAGAUCUCGAAAAAACGAAAGACGGGAGGGAAAUAAAGAAGAAAGCACUCAACUGGCAGCGCGCGAUCGAACGAAAAAAGCGGAAGAUCGACGCGGAAAAUAAAGAAAACCAGCCGAUUCAAAACACUAAAUCGGGACUGGCUCCUUCUAAAGAACUGGCGAUCCCACCGGUGGCUCCCCUUUCCUCCGACAGCGAAGAAGACGGAAAGGCUCCUUUUGAGAAAGAAGCAAAGGACGAAACGGUGGUCAAUCUUUCUUCUGAUUCGAGCACGCCUUCGCCGCCGAAAAACGAGCAGAAAUCGGCAAAGAAAACUGAUCGCAAGCGGAAACUCAUCGAAGACAGCGACAUUACUCUUAGCUCUUUUGACCAAGACCUAACUCAAGAGCGGAAAGAACGAGAGCGCAGUCCAACCAAGUCGCCGGCAUAUUUCAAUAAACCGGUGAAAUUGACGAAAUUUGGCGAAAACGAGCUGCAGCUCGCCUGCAAGAAAGGAUCUCUUUCCGAGGUGAUGAAGUUCGUCAACGAAGACCAAGAUGUCAACCACAAAGAUUACAGUAACUUGACGCCGCUUCACGACGCGGUCAAUUGUGGAGAUAUCGAGAUCAUCGAGUUUCUGAUCAAAGAAAACGCGAACCUGAACGUGGCCGGUGGUCCAGAACGCUCGACGCCGCUUAUCCUCGCCGUUUCCGAAGAUCGCUUCGACGUGGCAAAACUGCUGCUCGAAUACAACGCCGAUCCUCACCGCUGUGACAAAAACGGGAAAACCGCUUCGGAUUUGACGAAAAAUCCCAAAAUUCUGAAACUGCUCAACAAGGCGAAAGAAAAAUUCGAAGCGGACGAAACUUCAUUUGAGCUGACUCUUUCUUCCAACCCGAAAGUGUUCAUCCACAAAUCCGGCUGGAAAAAGAAAACGAAAAUGACAGCGAAAGAGAUUCGCGAGCUGCGAAAAAGCACUUCGAUGAACAUUGUCAAUUCAGCAAAAGGAAUCGACAUCCUCGUCGCGCGAAAAGAAAUCCUCGAAGAAGAAGAUUCAAUCUUCGUUUUUCUCAAAGCGCUGUACAAUAAUGUCUGGAUCGUCUCUCCCGACUAUCUCGAGAACAAAGAAGCGAAAGACUGUUUUCUCGACGUCUGCGGCGGGAGCCCGAAAAAAGCGAUCGAAGACGAGGCACGCGGCGAAAACCAGAAGCUGCUCGAAGGACUGAAAGUCUUCAUCGGGCGAGAUCUGAGCACGGCAGUCGGCAAGAACUUGAUGGAGAUCUUCGUGGACGCGGGAGCAGAGACGCUGCGAAGAGAGCCCAAAUUCGACAGCGACGCUGUUCAAGCUGACCAAUCGAUAAUCGGAAUGGACCCCUACUUCCAAUACACCCACUGGAUCGUGACGAACAAGAAGACCGACAAGAAGGGAAAAGUCGCCUGCGUCCCCGUCAAAUGGGUGCUCGAAUGCUUGAAGCUGCGAAAAAUCGUUGAUUUCUGA